UGUAUUUUAUACACUAUAAAAAGCAACAAAAAAACAAACGUACAGAUAUACAAGGUAUAUGAUAAUUAAUUAGCAUACGCAAAGCGCCCCAGUCUCUUGUGUUUGUUGCUGUUGUUAUUAUUAUUAUUGCUCUUUGUGUCUUUGCUUGAACUGUCACACUCUCAGCUCGCAGCUCCCUCCCGCCAGUCGCAAUUCCAGGUCAAGUCAGUAGGAUUGGCCAAUUGUAAAUCGAGUGAAGAAAUUUGAAAACAAUUGCAAAUAAAACGUUUGGAAAAUGUUGGAUCCCAUUUCCGAUACACCAUUGGUAUUGGCCUAUGUGUUUAUGUCACUGUUGGUGCUUAUAUUAUGUUUCAUUUUGGUCAAUGUUAUACAUAAGCUAUAUCGUAGCAUCAAUAGUGUGGAAUCCAUAUCAACUGCGACUCCAAGCCAACUGAAGACCAGCAUUAUGGAACUAGAUGUAGAUGCCAUGAAAACCGGUUAGAAGGCGCUGGCCAACCAGCAGCUGCCUAGAGCAAGAGAGCGCAAAAGCGACACGUGAGAAUCUCAUCAAUAAAAACAAAAACAAAAAUAAGCAAGCCAGCCCCAAAAAUGAAUUGGAAGGUAAUCAGAAGUGGAGCUCAUAGCAGCAGCUAGAGCUGAAGUCGGAGCCGAAGGCAUGUACGAUUGUACAUAGACACCCACACAAGCACACACACACACACACACUGAGACGACUUUUAAUCCGAGGCAUGAUGAGAAACGGCCUGUUGAUAUACAUAUGUAUAAAUAUCUAGCUAUAUAAAUAACACAAAAACACAUUCAACCAACCAAUAAUUAGUUGUUUAAAAUUACUAUACUUAAUAUGUAUAUAUUAUAUGUACAACUAGGCAUUAAAUGCUGCCACUUAAUGCUAUGGCAGCCUCUAGUCACUUAAUUAGCCAUAUCAUUUAGGGUUACGAAGUUAUAUGACAUGUACAUUGACUCGCCUGACGCUCUUGUUAUUAUGAUUAUUGUAAAUAAAAUCAACUCGACUGUUAAA